CUGAAGUUGCUUCUACUGAGCAGCUCCCAGUGAAAAACUGGGUCAGGAAUACCUAGUCAAACUGGACAAGAGCUUCACCUUCCCCAGGGAGAACGCCUAUCACACCAUCAAAUGUCAAUAGGAAAAAAAAGUUACAUGGAGUUCCCUGUCAAUGCACAUUGCCAGGAGUACAUCGCUAAUAGGCACCAACAACUAACAAUAUAGGGGGUGUGGUAGCCAGAAGUUGGUGUGGCCUCCAAUUUUUCGUUCUAGCGUGCGUGGUUUCCUCCUCCAAGCUUAAAAUCCUAGAUGAAACCCGGGAUGGACGCAAGUGAUGAUGAAUGCGUACGCUGACCUUAUGUUCCAGUUUGGAAUGGCUGACGAGAACCAAGCCGAUUACAUUUAUUCAAGGACCAACACCAUCAAAGCUGAACGGUUUUACGAUGGCUUCAAGAUUUUUGAUACUCUGCUCAACGGAGAUCUGAUACCGUAUCCUACGUACUUGUACAACAUCACUGGAUCCACCAACUACUACAACAUUCUCAGGACCUCGCUAGGUGUGGAAGAUAGGAGAUGAUGUUGCCGGGUAUGUGAGGACAGUGAACAAGUUUAUGCAGGUGGUCGUGAGAGGGGGUGGGCACAUUCUUCAGCCGGAGAGAGCACUCAACCUCAUCCAGAACGUCCUAUAAUCAACCUCAGCCUCAGGGGCCUCGGCGUUCACUCCGCAACAGCAGAACAACAUCAGACCUCGUACCAUGUCUCAACUACGUAAGUUCAUGCACCACACAAUCUAUCGUCCUUUCACACAACGCAAGAACUGUGUGUGUAGCUAUCAAUAAUGAAUGCACUGUAGUCUACACUAGGCAAAUUCCUUUAAAUUACAACCUUAUAGUGUUGUUUUGUCGCAAAAAAAUUAACUCUACUGAAUUUUUCUCCCCCACACUAUAUAUUAAUGAGAGAGAACUGGCUGUGGUAUCACGAGACUAAGUGAACUCAUUACUGCAUCUGACCUUGGUGCAUUUGUAUAAUUAUGUAUGUGUACCUCUUUGUAUGGAAUCUUUAUCAAUGUCAAUGAUCUUUCCAUGGUUUACUAUAUUGGGUAAUAAUAGGAAGUAAACAUUAUUGUCCACAUUAAUUUUGUAAUCUUACAAUAAUUACGAACAAAUAAUUAGAUCUAUGCAUCAGCCCAAGUAUUUAAAAAAACAGAGAUAGAUGUAAAUGAUACUUAAAAGCACGAGUGUUCCUGUUAAAAGUGCUGCCUGUUCAAUUCCGAAACCGGUAUAGUCCAACAACCAGCUCAGUGUCAGGACAGCUAGUAGUGGAAUCAGCCAUACAAAACAGCGACACCGUGUCCAACUCCUUCUAUCGUUACAUGUACAUCUACGUCCAUUGAUUAGUACAGUGCCAUCAGCAUACGUUUCUAUUUUUGUAUUAGCUCUUUCACUGCUUUGCCAAUCACCAAAGAUCAUCUCUGAGUCAGGGAUAGAUGUCUGUAGUGCGAUGAUUUAAAAGUGUGGCUAAUACGGUAAAUACCUCUUCAUGUUCUUUUAGCUAUACCACUUUGUUUUAAUAAUACGGUAGCAGCUAGCUUGUGGUCGAUACAACUUGACCAUGAGCAAGACCCUCCCCGUUUUUGUGCUGUACCGAGGGCGGCUUGACCAUACAAACACAAGACCCUCCCUGUUUUUUUGCAACACUAUAUUCAAUUGUUUCAUCAAUGAUCUUUACCGUAUACCACAAUUUGCCCUCAAAGUGCUCGAAUCUCCUGUCUUGUUCUAGUUGUAUGGCUGAAGUUGCUUCUACUUAAAACUGGGUCAGGAACGAGUCAAACUGGGCAAGAGCUUCACCUUCCCCACGAAGAAUACUACCAUCAAAAAUGAAGCUGAGUGGACUGAUGUUGUGGCCCAGUUCAGAGGACCCAAGAAGCCUGUCACUAAAGAGUGUGUGCUCAUCAUAGACACUGUGUCUGGGGAGGCAGUACUGGAGGGGAUCAGUAACAACAUCCAACUCAAGGCCAUCAGUUUGGAAUGGCUGACGAGAACUAAGCCGCUUACAUUUAUUCAAGGACCAACACGGCUGUGCAGUACAUCAAAGCUGAACGGUUUUACGAUGGCUUCAAGAUUUUUGAUGCUCUGCUCAACGGAGAUCUGAUACCGUAUCCUACGUACUUGUACAACAUCACUGGAUCCACCAACUACUACAACAUUCUCAGGACCUCGCUAGGUACACGUAUGUUGAUAGAGUAUGUCAGAAAGUGUUGGAUAGAAGUAUACAGUCCUGUUUGGAGUGGUAUAUACUCUUUUUACCUAUACGUAGUGUACUGAACAUUCUACUGUAUUAUUUAUCUUAUGUUGGUACAUACUUAACCAGUGUUUGGUUAAAGGGCCCUGUUUGAGUAGCUAAUUGAAUUUGGGGAAGUCCUGGACUAUACAAUUAUCUCUAUUGUGGUCAUGUACUGUGUUAGAGGACAUUGAGAAGCUGUGUGCAUGGCAAAUAAUGGCAAGAAAGAUUAGCAGUAAUACAUGCUGCCCCUCCCCCAAGCCAUAGUCUAGCCUGCCACCCUGUUUGAACUGUACACUGGGGGAAACACUGACUUAAGUAUUGUAGGGUGUUGUUGAAAUGUCAUGCCCUGGGGUGAUUGGUUUCUCCCUGUGUGUAUACUUGUGUAAGGAAACCAAUCUAUAGCUGUCACCCCUUGCAAAGGCAGACCAACAGUGGCUAUAAUAAAGAGGUGGUCUGGUUCAAACACAUGCUAUGGAGACUCUGAAGCUUGUUAACCUGGCUGUAUUGUAAAGGGUACCUGAUUAUAGGCUGACCACAAUAGACAAGUUUCACUGCAUUUAAUUUAGUUACAGUAUAAGAACUGUAGAGGGCAAUUGCUGACAUUUUGGUCAUGCAAAUUGAUUAUUUAAGACAGUUCUUCACAUGCAAUAUUUCUUAUUCGUCCAGCCUCCCCUGAUUUUAACUACUACGUUCCCUUCAUCAAUACCACUGACAUCAGACGAGCCAUUCACGUCGGUAGUCUCAGCUAUGGCUCUCAGUCUGAAGAUUGUGUUUUCAAGUGUUUCGUACAAUGUCAUACUAUGGUGUGCUUAUAAUGAGUGAAUAUUGUCUUUGUUUAGUACAUACAAACGGUCUCUUUUGCAUUAUAAUAAUGUGGUGACUGUUAGUGUAGCCCCUCAGGUGCUCCUGUACAAUGGACAGCUGGACAUCAUUGUGGGGGUUCCCCUUACGGAGAGCAUGUUGCAGGUGUGGAAGAUAGGAGAUUAUGUUGCCGGGUGUGUGAGGACAGUGAACAAGUUUAUGCAGGUGGUCGUGAGAGGGGGUGGGGACAUUCUCCCGUUUGACCAGCCAGAGAGAGCACUCAACCUCAUCCAGAACUUUGUGAACAUGCAAUAGCCUAUUAUAAUUAUGUUGUCUGGAAAUGAUUGUGCUUCAAGUGUAAAGAUAAAAACUAUAUAGUGAGUUCUAGAAUCUAUAAUUAUAGUCGUGUCAUUUAAUAAUUAUGUUGUUUUAAGAGAAUUAUAAUUUUAUGCAAAUUCAA